AUGACCAUCCCCCACUACGGCGUCUGGAUCGCCCAACCCACGCGCUACACCGCCCAAACCGAAGAAGAAGAUCCCAAGUCGCCUCACAUCUACCUCUACUUCAAAGACUCCUCUUCCUCUUCCUCCUCAAGCAAAGACUACGAAGCAGCCAUCAACGUCAAAUCCACCGGCAAGGACUCCCGUCUAGUCUACUGGUUCGACCGAAACUUCACACACCCAAUCACGGAGCAGCUAUCCACUCUCGACGAGGGCUUCCAUCUGCUAAAAUCCUAUUCCCACCGCAGUCGUCGACACCAGGAAUCCUCCUCCAAGCUGCGGGGUCUGGACUUCCUGCGCACCAAGGGCCUGGUGAAUAUCGAGGCCGGCGCUGUUCUGUCUGAGGCUGAUACGGGACCGCAUAAUGCUGUGCUUGAGGCCUUGGAACCUAUUUUGAAUGAUGCGAUUGGGAAGAAGGCGACGGUGUAUAUCUUUGGGUCGUCGUAUGGGUCCGGGAUUCAUGAUGUGCAUAUGAAUCAGGGGAGUGCGCCGUCGUAUGAGAAUGGGAUUUAUGAGGAUGGGGCACUGUUGUUUAGUUUUGAGGAUGGGCAUUGGGAGGCGGUGUUUUUGGCGUUUGCGUCGCAGGAGAUUCCGACGGAUGAUAAGGGCGAGGCGGAGGAGGGGAGUAAGUCGUUGGCUAGUAUUUUGGGGCAGUAG